UCCCCAGUGCAGCGCGGGCCGGGGUCACAGCCGCCUGCGGGAAGCUGGGAGCCAGGGACCCAGCGGACCCAAAGCUGCCCUGACGGCUGCAUCCCCCGCCCUGCCGUGCCAGGCAGCCAUGACGACGGCCAUCCUGGAGCACCUGAGCACCCUGUCGGUCAGUGGGCAGCAGCUGCGCCGCCUGCCCAAGAUCCUGGAGAAUGGGCUUCCCAAGAUGCCUUGCACCGUCCCCGAGACAGAUGUGCCCCAGCUGUUCCGGGAACCUUACAUCCACACCGGCUACCGCCCCACGGGCCACAGGUGGCGCUACUACUUCCUCAGCCUCUUCCAGAAACACAACGAGGUGGUCAACGUCUGGACCCACUUGUUGGCGGCCCUGGCCGUCCUCUUGCGAUUCUGGGCCUUUGCCGAGGCCGAGGCCUUGCCCUGGGCCUCUGCCAGCACCCUGCCCCUGCUCCUCUACGUCCUGUCCUCCAUCACGUACCUCCUGUUCAGCGUGCUGGCCCACCUGCUGCAGUCCCAGUCGGAGCUCUCCCACUACACGUUCUACUUCGUGGACUACGUCGGGGUGAGCAUUUACCAGUACGGCAGCGCCCUGGUCCACUUCUUCUACACCUCCGACCAGGCCUGGUACGAGCACUUCUGGCUCUUCUUCCUGCCGGCAGCUGCCUUCUGCGGCUGGUUGUCUUGCGCCGGCUGUUGUUAUGCCAAGUAUCGUUAUCAGAAGCCUUACCCAAUCAUGAAGAAGGUAUGUCAGGUGGUGCCCUCAGGGCUGGCCUUCAUUCUGGACAUCAGCCCCGUGGCCCACCGAGUAGCCCUGUGCCACCUGGCUGGCUGCCAGGAGCAGGCCGCCUGGUACCACACCCUCCAGAUCCUCUUCUUCCUGGUCAGCGCCUACUUCUUCUCUUGCCCGGUUCCUGAGAAGUACUUCCCCGGUUCCUGUGACAUUGUGGGCCACGGGCAUCAGCUCUUCCACGUGUUUCUGUCCAUUUGCACGCUUUCCCAGCUGGAGGCCAUCCUCCUGGACUACCAGGGGCGGCAGGAGAUCUUCCUGCAGCGCCACAGCCCCCUGUCUGUCUACGUGGCCUGUCUGUCCUUCUUCUUGUUGACCGCCUGCAGCACCACCACUGCAGCCCUCCUGAGGCGCAAAGUCAAGGCCAGACUGAUGAAGAAAGAGUCCUGAGGCUGGCAGGGUGGGCAGGCUGUGGAGGCACCCCAUUGCGAUUUGGGGGAAAUGUGAUACAAAAACAGGAGCUGACUUUUUGUUUUUAAGAGUCUUAAUGUGUAUUAAUGGCUUUGACAUUAAUACAUAUAUCCAAGGAUAUGCUGUGGCCAUGGCUUUGGGAAGCCAAAGGAUUCAAGAGUUAUGUUGUUAUAGUUGUUAAUAAAAGGAGUGUUCCUUUUCCGUCUAGGUCAUACAUAGCCUUUCAAGACACAGGAAAGGAAGGGACCUUGGCUAAGAAUUUAUGGGGCACUGAAUUAAGGACCUUCUUCAUACCUGAAAAUUCAGUAAAAUUCUGAGUAAGGCCUCCAGGGGCAAGUCCUGGAGCUGGAGGGAUGAUAAACUUGAACUGGAAAACAAGGAGGUGGCUGGUCCACACCAUACUGGACCGACCAUCCUACUAUGCUGGUCUUUGGUAAUUGAAUAAAUUGACCCAAGGACCCAUAUUCCUUUGGGUUUCAGAUUGUCCAAGGUGGAGAAUUCAGACUCUUCAAGAUUCAGUGAAACCUUCAGACAGUGAAUUAUUUAGUUCAUCUGAUUUCUGAUCGCUCCUCUCUCACCAAACUCUAACUCUGACCCUUUUCUCAGGAUGACAUCUCUCUGGCUAUUUCCUAUAAAGUGCUGUUCACUCCCUUCAGAUCUUGGUAAUAUACAGGACUGUGAAGUAGUUGCGUGGAUCCAUGUGAUAUCCAGGAAGCUUAUUCUCAUAUAAUACUAAUGCAAACGGUACUAGAAAGUACAGUGCCAAGAGCCACCAGGAGGCCCAGCCAAUAAGCUUGGAUACUGUUUGGUAUCAUAGGGCCCACUGUUCUAUACCUGUGGACUGGAGGAUUACUUGAGGUCUGUUACAGCUGCCUGACAGGCCAGAAGAUUUGGGGCUUGCUCCAGGGAGUCUUCUCCAGAUGUUGGCCAGCGUGUUAGAAUGAAUUGGUUCUAAGCCCCUGGUAGAAUGAAUUGGUUCUAAUUAUUUCAAGAGGAACCCAAGGCCCAGCCUUUUAAGUACAUGCCACACCACAAAGGACCCACAUAACUAGCCCAGUUCAGGGUCCUCAGACAGGCACUUAGCCUCAGCUGAGAGCUGAACCCUUAAAAUAGUCAAGCCCCAGGACAGGAAGUGUGUGUGCGCACUGUGGGUUGGUCACCGGGGACUCCUUUGAGUAUGAAUGAAUGGUGAGUUGGGAACCCUGUAGCUAGAAUGUCCUAUUUCGGACAUCACUGCCCAGCAACUUCUACGGGAUAAGUGGUACUUGCCAUUGAUGUGUUCUGGCCAUGCAGCCUCCUGAGGACCAACUUCGCUCUAGUCCAGUGAGAGAGGCUGCGUUGACAGAGGAGCCGCGGGAGGCUGCGUUUCCUAUCAGUAUAAGGUUCCUAUUUACCGAAAAGGGAAGUGGUUUGUUUUCACUCCACUUUGACAAACAUCUUGUAUUACUAGAUAUCUCGUUGUCUUCAAAUCUUUGUUUUCUUUCUUUCUCUGAGAGAUGUGUGGGUUUGUGCCUUAUAAAUGGAAAUGUAUGAACACUCCUUAAUAUAUGGCCAUGUGAAAUUUGCAGUUUGGGGUUACUGGGAUAAGAAAAAAAGAAUUUGUUGCUUUUCAACCAGUGGAUGAAGGAUUGUUCAUCAAUCAAAAGACUCUUUCAACCUGCUUAUUUUGGCAAAAAAAAAAAAAAAGAAGAAGAAGAAGAAGAAGACGGGGAGGAGGAGAAAGAAAAAUAUUCAACUGAAGCUUUCCUAUAAUCUUUAUGUCAAGAAAAUGUAUGUCUUGUCAGCUAUGUAGAUUUCCUAGCUGGGUGCCUCUUUUAAUCCCCAAAUAAUACGUGAACUUCUGUGCUACCCAAGUGUCUUACACGAGCUUUCUGGUGUCUAGGCCAAAUCCACCACAAAUAAAGUUAGCAAACUGAAUGGGGUUGGACUAAGCAAGGGCAUGGGGGAGUUGUGCAAACACAUUACAAGUAGAGGGUCAGUUUAAAAUGGGGAAUAGAAAGUGCUUGAAAUGUUCAUUAGUAUGGAUUCAAAGACCAUGUUCUUUUAAAAGUUGGAAGGAAGAUGUAAGUCAAGCUCUUGGAUGUAACUGGUGGUCAUGGUGGGCCGAGAUCUUGAGGCCAAAUGCAGGUCUUCUUUAAAAAAGAGAAAACAGAAAGUAGGGCAGUGAUUUUGAAAUGUAGACCAAUGCCAGCCUGCACACUGUAAAUGGUCUGUAACAAGAUAAGUACAAGAUAGACCAAACUUGUAGAUAUUGCCAUCCAAUUCUUAGUUUAAUUUACACAAGUGUUGGUCUCUCAAGUGAUUGAAAUUUUUUUAAAGUUUUCACCACAGAUAUUUGAGAAGCCUUGAGGUAGGGGAUAGUAAUAUGUAAACACAGGAAAUGCAGAUGUUUGUUCGUUAAUACUCAGACUUUUAAGGGAUUAAAUACUCUUUUAAAACAUCUUCAUUAACACGAGUGUAUGGUAAGGAACCAACUUGGUUUGUUUAAAAGAAAUAAUUAUUGAUAAAGGAGAUAAGUGCUUGCCUUUCUCCACCAGACCCUCUCAAAUAAUUGGCAUCUGCUGGAAAUUCUGCUCAUUAUCUCUCUCUCUUUUUUAAACAAAUACUUUCAACCUAUUAAAAUGUAAAUGCCUCUGAAAAAAACUAAUCUAUCAGUCAUUUUACAUAUUAUGAAUAAAAAUUCUAAUGGAUUUAUAUCGGACCCUAGUCAGAGUAGGAUGAGGGGAUGGUAGGACGUACCAGACUGGGGACAUAUUUGCCCAUUUCUCCCUUGCCAAGUCCUUCCUGACCUAUAUAUUUAAUUAGCAAGCUGAUGUUGAUACUCUUUCAAUGGUAGGGUUUCAUUUCGCACGUCGGCUGAAAGUACCUCAUUCUGCAACAUUUUCAAUCCUCUACUGGAAGCUUGAAAAACAGCAGGAGCUCAGGCCACGCAAUGAAGGUCCUACAUUCCUGCUUAUGUUGCCCACCUUUUACAAAUUGUACCUUAAGGUCUGACGAUUGCUGCACUGUAGUUUCAAGUAGACCCUCCAGAUGGCACUCACGUCUUACUCAGAGAGGGCCCAGCCAUUGCCUCAAGGUCUCAGUCUGCAGGUAGUGUUGGAUACAGUGUUUUGCUUGAUUGCUUGGCAAGGAAACAUUGGAACUAUUUUCUGUUUAUUUAAAUCUACUUACAGAAAUGACCAUUAAACUGAUUUUGUAUAUGAA